AUGUUAUUUCGUCAACAUCGUUCUUGCAGAGAGUCGACAUCCGAAGAUGAAUCUGCCGCCACUGUCAAGGUUAAAACGUUCUUAAUCAAAUUAUCUAAGGGCUCAUUUGGAAAUUUAUCAUCGAAAGAAUGGGUAACUGUUGUUAUGCUGGCUCUAGCAAAUCUCUGCUCAACUGUAGCGUUCAGCUGCAUUGCACCAUUUUAUCCUGAUGAGAUGACAGUUAUCGGUUCUAAAAACAUGUUCCUUUUGGGUUUAACUAUCACUGGAAUAACGGCUAUUCUUUUCGGGUUCCUAAACUUGCUGCCAUCGGGUCCAACAUUCUUCCUGGCUAGCCUUUCCAUUCGAAUAUUGGAAGCAAUAGGAGACGCUGCAUUUGUAACAUCAAGUUUUGCAAUAUCUGCUAAAUGUUUUCCAGGGAAUAUCGCCUUGAUCGUGGGACUCAUGGAAACAUUUGCUGGUCUCGGAUAUACGGCAGGUCCAGUAAUUGGAGGAUUUCUCUACGAGUUUGGAGGUUUCCAAGUGCCUUUCCUGGGACUUGGCGCCAUUCUUAUGAUCGCCGUGUUCCUUGCUUGGAUGCUUAUUGAGAACUACAAAGACGAAGAUGUUGGAGCGUCGAAAGGGAUGCUUGCAAUGCUACAUAUCCCUGUAAUUUGGAUAAUGAUCUAUGCUGUUAUUGUAUGUGCCAUAUCGCUUUCGUUUCUUGAUCCUACCCUCUCGGCUCAUCUACAAACGGUGAGAUACGGAUCUGAGUUUAUGUGAGA